AUGUAUAUAAAGUCCAUUCUAAUCGAUGGUUUCAAAUCUUAUGGCGGACAAAUAGAAGUUCAUGGUUUUGAUCCGGAGUUUACGGUUAUUACUGGCUUUGAAUGUAUAAAAAGCUCAGAUAUAUUAGAUUCCAUACGUUUUGUAUUGGACAUUAUGAAUCUGGGGCAAACGACGAGCACUUCGUUGAAACAUUUAAUUUAUCAAAAUGGUCAAGCAGAUAUAACCAAAACCACAGUAACUUUGAUAUUUGACAAUACAAAUCCAAGCCAAUGUCCAGUAGGUUAUGAAAAGUGUCGGGAAAUAUCAGUACGACGUGAAUUUUCGUUAGACGGUAAAGAUAAAUAUUUGAUUAAUGGCAGAACGGUGCAUCGUAAGAGAUUAGCGAAAUUUUUCACAUCAAUACGCUUGAACAUUGAAAAUCCGAACUUCCUAAUAAGAAACGAGUGCAUAACAAAAGUACUAAAUAAAAAGCCAACAGAGAUUUUAGCAAUAAUUGAAACAGCUGCCGGUAUAAAUAUAUUAGAAACUAAGCGGGAGACGGCAACAAAGCUCAUUGAAAAGAAAGACGCGAAAAUCCUUGAAAUUAAUACCCUUUUACGUAAUGAAAUUGAACCUAAACUGGAGAAUUUAAGACGUGAAAAAUCGGCUUACAUGGAAUUCCAAAAAAUUUGUCGUGAUAUUGAAUGUUUAACACGAAUUCAUAUAUCAUUUUCUUAUUUAAAAUAUAAAGAAGCUUUAAAGUCGACUGAGGUCAAUAGGGAAAAAUUAAGCGCCGAAAUUGAUGCUGCUAGACAACGUAUAGCUGAAAAUGAGAAAGAACGUAAAGAGAUUAAAGAGAAUUUUAAAGAAUUGAAAAAAAUAAUUGACCAAACUAAAGGAGAAGAGAUGAAGGAAAUCAAAGUUAAGCUGGAAUGCGAGUUAGGGAAUAAGGGAAUUGUCGAAGGCAAUUUGAAAACAAAUCAAAAUAUUAUUGAUCAAGAAGAAAAGAAACUGAAAAGCAUAGUGAAAAUGAUGGAAGAUGAUGAAAAAUCGCUUCAAUUGAAGGGGAAAGAAAUGAAUAAACUUAAGAAAAUAUUUCAGAAUUUAAAGAAGAUCGAUUCAGCGGAUACCUUAGCUUAUGAGGAUGCUCGAAAGAAAUACGAAAUAGUUAUGCGGGAAAUUUCAACUAAUCAAGAUGGAUGUUCACUGCAAGAUCAGGCGAAAACGGAGAUAACGAUAAUGUCUCAAAUGAAAAUCAAAGAUAUCGAUGACAAUUUACCGGACGUCAAGAGCGAAUUGAAAAAAGCCGCCGAAGCUAUGAAAAAGGCUAACUUGAAAGCUAAGAAAUCGCGUAACAACUGGAAGAAACAUAAACAGGAAUGCAAUAUUCUGUCUAUUGAAAUUAAAUCCUUACAAAGAGAUAUUACUCAUGCAAAAGAGCAACGUUCCAGUUUAGAGAGUAAACUCGCGAAACUAAAAGCAGAGCAACAGGAUUUACGUAAUAAGAACGCAACUGCUACAGCAAAGAUAACUGAAUUGCGGCGUAAGGUAAAUGAACAAAAGGACAAAAUCUAUUCUCAAAAUAAAGAACUUAGGUGUGUAUAUAACAAACUCAAACAGGUGGAAGAACGGCAUAAAGAAUUGCACUUAGAAAUCAAAGGAAAAGAAUCCGAACCUUAUAAGGUGGGCUCGGACAGUAAAGAUUUACUUCAAAAGAUGAAGAAUCUUUCAACAAAAUAUCCCUGGAUUAAUGAAGAUGAAGAAUACUUUGGCAUGAGAAACUCCCGUUAUGAUUAUUGCAAGGAAGAUCCUAUAGAAGCUGCACAUAAAUUGAUUGCUAUGAAUGAGCAAAAAGAUCAAAUGGAACAUAGCAUUAACCCGAGAGCUACAAUACUCUUGGCACGCGAGGGCAGAAACUAUCAGAAAUUUAUAAGACGCCAGAAGAUAAUUGAACAAGAUAUAAGUAAAAUGAAGAAUGUUAUUUGUAAAAUGGAUGAAAGUAAGCGAGAGAAAGUUGAAAAAGCUUGGAUGGUUAUGGAUGGAAAUUUGAAUAAUAUUUUUAGCACCCUUUUGCAGGGCGCACAGGCGCGUCUAAAUCCCGUUAAAGAUAAUGAUCAAUUAACCGGGCUAGAAAUUAAAGUUGGCUUCAACGGUAUAUGGAAAGAAUCACUUGAUGAGCUUUCUGAUACUGAGCGGCCUUUAGUGGCUCUAUCCUUCUUAUUAGCACUAUUAAAAUUCUCCCCAACUCCAUUAUGCAUUCUUGAUGAAAUAAGUGCCGCCUUAGAUACGCAGAAUAUAAGCAAUAUUUUGAAGGCCCAUUUCACUUCAUCGCAAUUAAUCAUUUUUCCUCUAAAGCAAGGCAGUUCCAUCAAUCGUCGGACGCAGGGAGAAGUGUUCACAAACGCCAUUGAAUUGGCCGAAGAGGAAAUAGAAGAUAGUAGUGACAAUACUUUUGCCAGUGCCUUGUAUCGCAGUCCAACAGUGGAAAACACCGAUUUGAUUUCAGUCGAGGAUGAUACUCCUUUGCUUUCAUUUGAAGAUGAAUCACAGCCCAUUGAACAUUAUCCAAUCAACAAAAAGAAAAAUUCCGAAUCUGUAAAAUAUGUAGAUAAUUUUCUCGAGUCCUACAUAGCCGAAGAUUCAACAGAAGAGGCUAAAGAAGCCAAUGAAUUGCACACCAUGACAACAAAAACUUUAUCUGAAAAGAACUUAUUAACAAAGUCAGGAAAAGAUGCGGUGCGAACAUAA